AGCGUUACUAUUUGUUUCUUAUUAUAUCUUGAUUUUUGGAUUGGAUUGGAUUUUACAACACUACAAUUCUUCAUCAUCCAAAUCCAGUGGAGUAGUAUAAAACUGUUGCCAAUACUAUCAAAACAGUGACACUUUCUUUCUUUUUUUCUUCAAUUUAUUUUCAGCUUUUUUUCUUCAAUAAAUAAAAUUCAAUGGCAAUAGGUAACACUUCUUCUUCAUCUUCUUCUUGUUGUUCUCGUUUCUGGUCAUCGGCGCUCCGAUCUAAGCGCUUAGUCUCUCCGGCGGAGAAAACAGCUCGCGACAAUUCCGGCCGUGGUCUUUCCCGCCGACUAGGUGUCUUCGACCUUAUUCUUCUCGGGAUCGGAGCUUCCAUCGGUGCUGGUAUCUUUGUCGUCACCGGCACCGUCGCUCGUGACGCCGGACCUGGGGUAACAAUAAGUUUUAUAAUUGCUGGAGCAUCAUGUGUUAUAAAUGCACUAUGUUAUGCGGAGCUAGCUUCUCGAUUUCCGGCUGUAGUAGGAGGAGCGUACCUGUAUACAUAUACGGCUUUUAAUGAACUUACUGCUUUUCUUGUUUUUUCACAACUAAUGCUUGACUAUCAUAUUGGGGCAGCUAGCAUAGCAAGAAGUUUAGCAAAUUACAUUGUUUCAUUUCUAGGGAUCUUCCCUGUGUUCAAAGAUAACAUUCCAGCAUGGAUUGGACACGGUCAAAACAUUGGAGGCGUGUUGUCCAUCAAUAUCUUAGCUCCGAUUCUCCUAAUGCUUCUCACUUUAGUUCUCUGUCUUGGUGUUAAAGAAUCAUCAGCUGUGAAUUCUUUUAUGACAGUGACCAAGGUAAUCAUUGUUAUUAUUGUCAUUUGUGCUGGAGCUUUUGAGGUUGAUGUUUCCAACUGGUCUCCCUUUGUUCCAAAUGGUAUGAGAAGCGUCUUCACGGGCGCUACUGUAGUCUUCUUUGCGUACGUUGGGUUUGAUGCAGUUGCCAAUUCUGCUGAAGAAUCUAAGAAGCCACAGCGGGAUUUGCCAAUAGGCAUAAUUGGAAGUCUCUUGGUAUGUAUUGCAUUGUACAUUGGAGUAUGCUUAGUCAUUACUGGAAUGGUUCCAUACAAUCUUCUAGGAGAAGAUGCUCCUUUGGCUGAUGCUUUUAAAUCUAAGGGUCUAAAAUUUGUUUCUGUUCUGAUUAGUAUUGGUGCUAUUGCUGGACUUACAACAGCACUCCUUGUUGGUCUCUAUGUUCAGUCUCGGCUAUAUCUUGGACUUGGCAGGGAUGGUUUGCUACCCUCAAUAUUUGCUAAAGUACACCCCAAACGCCACACCCCUCUUUAUUCUCAGAUUUGGGUUGGCUGUGUUGCCAGUAUUUUGGCUGGGUUGCUUAAUGUGAAAAUACUAUCGCACAUUCUUUCCGUUGGUACGCUGACUGGCUAUUCAGUUGUCUCAGCAUGCGUUGUUGUACUUCGCUGGAAGGAUAGGACAAAUAGCCAAGUAUCAUCGGCUAAGCGGCUGGAGGGUAUAAUUUUCCUCAUUACUGUUGCUCUUUCUGGAUUUGCUGCGGGACUCCUUUUCCAUUAUCAAGUUUCAUUUAUCUUUGUGAUUGCGGCUAUAGUUGUUGCAAUUGGUGCUUCUCUUGCUCUUCAUUUCCGCCAGAAUACACAUCACAACAUGAAGAAAACAAGUGAUCACUUCAUGAGCAGGAGGGUACGGCAUGGCUACAUGAGAAGAAGAUUAAGUACUGAGGUUUAUGGAGAUUCAGUAGGGUUUUCUUGCCCAGGAGUUCCUAUUGUGCCGAGCAUUUGCAUUUUCUUCAACAUGUUCUUAUUUGGCCAGUUACAUCGUGAAGCAUGGUUUAGAUUUGUGAUUCUAAGCAUUGUUAUGGUUGGUGUUUAUGCAACAUAUGGCCAGUAUCAUGCCGAUCCUAGUGCUGAUGAGAAUAUUAUUUAUCAUGAGGCUCCGGUGGAAUCACCUAGAUGAGUUAUCAGUUCAAUAUUUAUUGUAAAAAUUGAACCUAGAAUUACCUCAGAAUCAAGGUAGUUAAAACGCAAAAAUUAUAGAUUUCACGUUUCUAGGUCAGUAUUUUGAGUUACAUAAAUAAGUAACAUGUUAAUCUAAGUAUCAAAUAAAUAAUAAUGAGAAUUGGUUUGAA